UGUUUAUAUCGCGUGUGCUAUACGGAGCGAGAUUUUCAGCGUUUUUUUGCGGUAUUCGCAUGAGAUACCGGCGCGUCGAAAUGUCGUCUUGUCGCAUCCCGUUGAUCGCGCGCGUUUCUUUAUUCACGGCGGCCGGGCUGCCAUCUUGACUAGCGUAGUGCGGCAUUUCCUGAUAUCUCGUGUAUUUCCAACGUCGCCGCGAGACGUCUUCUCGUUUGACAGAUUGUCGGUGUGUGUAUGCGUCUGUUCCACGUGAAUUCUUUGUUGGGCGCCGGUCAUGUUUUUGACAAGUAUCGGAAUCGCGAGGUAGUAGCCGCAUAUCUGUUGCAUGGGUGGCCCCCCAUCUGUAAUGGCUGGGAAAGAUGGGAAGCUAGAGUCAAAAGAUGGGGAUGUCAUUCGGCAAGGAUUUAUGGUAAAACGGUCCCAAAACAAGAAACGCUUUACUCCAGUCAAUUAUAAGCAACGAUGGUUUGUGUUGACCAAACGCUACCUUGUUUACUACGAUGGGGAUGGUGAGCGCCGCAAGGAACGCGGACGGAUCGCCGUGGAGAGUGUCCACGUGGUGGAAACGGCGAAUCUGGGGAAUAACAGCACCGGUGGUGGAGGCGGCAUCGGCGACGUGGCGGCCGGCGACGCAGGCGGCGGAGGUGGCGGGGUACCGUCCGGGCUACCCUUCCAGGUCGGGUACCGGGAAGCUGGUCAGGAGUACACGCUCUAUCUCCUCGCUGCGCGCGAGCAGGACCGCGCCGAAUGGAUACGCGCCAUACGCGCGGUGUGCAGUGAGAAUCCAGGUUUAAGCGGGCGCUAUCACGCCGGUCUGUGGAGCGGCAAACGCUGGUCCUGCUGCCGAUUAUCGACACGUUCCGCCGAAGGCUGCGACACCUGCAGCUCCUGGUCGUCGAAGCCGUCGGCGAACGCUACGAAUCCGUCCUCAACGUCCUCCACCUCGGCGACAUCCGUGCUCGGCAGCACCAAUAAUACCGUCUCGACGACCAUCGUCACGUCCGACCGCUCGCAGCCGACGAACGCCGAGGCGAACAACAAUCCGAUAGUCCAGUCCCAGACACGCUCGACGAUCGGAACGCCUUCGACACCGGUGAUACCAGGCGGCACACCCGGCACACCAUCCUCUAAGGCGAAGGAGAAGAUAAUGCUGCGGGCGAAAGUCGUGGUGGCUUUGUAUCCUUUCCGAGCCAUCGAAGGCGGCGAUUUGUCUCUGGAGAAGGGCGCGGAAUACGAGGUCUUGGACGACUCCCAGGAGCACUGGUGGAAAGUUAAGGACGAGAAUGGAUCAAUUGGCUAUAUUCCCAGCAACUACGUCAAAGAGAAGGAACUAUUGGGACUGCAAAAAUACGAAUGGUACGUGGGCGAUAUGUCGAGGCAACGCGCCGAAUCGCUGUUGAAGCAGGAGGACAAGGAAGGUUGUUUCGUCGUACGUAAUUCUUCGACCAAAGGGCUCUACACACUCUCCCUUUAUACUAAAGUGCCACAUCCCCACGUGAAGCAUUAUCAUAUCAAACAGAACACCCGCGGCGAGUUUUAUCUGUCGGAAAAGCACUGCUGCGGCUCCAUUCCCGAUCUGGUGAAUUACCAUAGACAUAAUAGUGGCGGCCUGGCCAGUCGACUAAAGACCAGCCCCUGCGAUCGUCCUGUACCGCCGACCGCCGGCCUCAGUCAUGACAAAUGGGAGAUCGACCCGGCGGAAUUGCAUUUGCUGGAGGAGCUUGGGUCCGGCCAAUUUGGAGUUGUGCGGAGAGGAAAGUGGCGCGGCUCCAUCGACGUUGCUGUGAAAAUGAUGAAAGAGGGAACCAUGUCCGAGGACGACUUUAUAGAAGAAGCUAAAGUAAUGACAAAACUGCAACAUCAAAACCUAGUCCAACUGUAUGGCGUCUGCAGUAAAGAUAGGCCGAUAUACAUCGUCACGGAGUACAUGCGACACGGAUCUCUCCUCAACUACCUCCGCCGUCACGAAGCCUCGUUAGGCGCAAACGUUGGCCUCUUAUUAGACAUGUGUAUACAGGUUUGCAAAGGGAUGGCGUAUUUAGAGAGGCAUAACUAUAUACACAGAGAUCUCGCCGCACGUAAUUGUCUGGUGGGGUCGGAAAACGUAGUAAAAGUCGCCGAUUUUGGUUUAGCUAGGUAUGUGCUGGACGAUCAGUACACCAGUAGUGGAGGCACUAAAUUCCCCAUCAAGUGGGCCCCGCCAGAGGUGCUCAAUUAUACCCGCUUUAGUUCGAAAUCGGACGUGUGGGCGUACGGAGUGCUUAUGUGGGAAGUGUUCACGUGCGGAAAGAUGCCUUAUGGUCGCCUAAAGAACACGGAGGUGGUCGAGCGAGUACAGCGAGGAAUCAUACUAGAACGACCCAAAGCUUGCUUCAAGGAAGUAUACGAGGUGAUGCGUAAAUGUUGGGCGCACUGUCCCGAGGUACGACCGUCCUUCCGCGUCUUAAAGGAGCAGCUGAUCAGCGUAUCUCAAGGACUGGUUAACGAUUGACUCAACCUUUUGCGGUGUAUGCGCCUGUCCUCGCCUUCCUGCCGCUCGUUUCAGCAGCCGGCGUCAAAGUCACCGUCGUCGGAACGAUCGCCUUCCACAUUACCCUCGUCGAACUUAUCGUAUAACUCAGCAACGCUGCCGUCGUCGCGCAAGACACGCGCGCCCGCGUCUCCGCCUUCCUCAGCAGUCGAUUUCCUUCAUUCCUCAUCGACCAUGUGCAAAUCAAAAGGAGAGGGCUCGUCAUCGCCGAGUACACCCGGGCACCAAGCUAGUCAACAACCAUCCUCGAGCUCGACUAACGUGUGUGACGUUUGCAGUUCUUACGGGCACCCGUGGAUCGAAAUAUGCAAGGCGAUACGAGCCACUAAAGGUAAAUGAGCAGCGUGUGUGUACAUACGCGUCUGUACGUGUGUACAUGUAAUGGAAUUUAUACUACUGUGUUUUCGCGGCUUACGACGUUACAACUGUAACGGUAAUAUGGAGAUGCGGUUCUAAGCCUCCUCUUCCGCCGCCCCCCUUCCACACUUUUCCUCUGUCCCUGCGCCCAAACGCAAUACUCAUCUUUCUCGUCCCACUUUUUCCCCCGUGUCCGUGAAUGCCGGAACGCUCACAAUGUUCCGGAUGUUUCCACAACUAUGUCUGACACUGAGAUGCGUGAUAUUAUCGUGUGUUUCACAUACUAUUUUUCCCAUAUAAUUUUUAGACUUUACUCUGUAUCGUCAUAAAUUACAUUUAUAAAUAGAACAAUAGUAUUUAUUGAUGGCCUUUUUGCAAACGAACGCAAUAUUCGAAUUGUGAUUCCGUCUAGAGUAUCGUUUCUUUUUAUAUUAUUCAUUUUGACAAGCAGUAACACGUUUUUGGAAUCGGAGAUAUUGUCUCUGCUUAAAUAAACCGAUUGAAUAAAUAA